AUGGAGGAGGCGACGUCAAGCAGUGUGCCGCCGGGGUUCCGCUUCCACCCGACGGAUGCGGAGCUGGUGGGAUAUUACCUGCGCAAGAAAGUGGCAUCCCACAAGAUUGAUCUCAACGUCAUCCGCGACAUCGAUCUAUACACCAUCCAACCCUGGGAUCUCCAAGUGAGGUGCAGAAUUGGAUAUGAGGAGCAACACGAGUGGUACUUCUUCAGCCACAAAGACAAAAAGUACCCUACUGGGACUAGGACUAACAGAGCUACAAUUGCUGGGUUCUGGAAAGCAACUGGGCGAGACAAAGCAAUUUAUGACAAAGCAAAGUUGAUUGGGAUGAGGAAAACCCUUGUUUUCUACAAAGGAAGAGCACCCAACGGCCAAAAAACUGAUUGGAUCAUGCACGAGUACCGCCUUGAAUCUCACCAUAAUGCUCCUCCCCAGGCAAGUAUAUUCUUACACGAAGAAGGAUGGGUGGUAUGCCGGGCAUUCAAGAAGAGGAUCACCAACGGCUGCCACAACAAUAAGAGCAUUAUUCAAGCUGGGUGGGACUCUACCUCCUUCUACGAUGAAUCCACCUCAUCAGCCGUCCAUCCGAAUAUUGAGCAUUACACCUCGCCGCAGCCGGUGCCUCACCAUCCUCUCCACCGCCACCGCCAUCGCCAUCGCCAUCGCAUGUUCUUGGCAGCAGGACAAGGCAACAGUAGCUUCUUCUGCAAGCAAGAAGAGAUCGUCAACAACGACCAAUCAGAAAAUAACAACAACCUAAUUAUUAGCAGUAGUAGUAACGCUUUCCUGACUUCCACCGAAAGCUUCUUACCCGAUCUUCCUCAACUGGAGAGCCCGCAGCUUGCCGCCUCACCACCGCCGGCUGACAACAAAGGCCCAAACAGUAGCAGUUAUUGCAAUGAUAAUGGCAAUAGUGGAAAUUAUACUAGUAACUACAGUAACAAUAAUGACGACGGCGGCCAGCUGGAAGAGCAGGUGCUAGUGAUGGAAAACAGCAACAGCGGCGGCAAAGUGACGGAUUGGCGGGCGCUUGACAAGUUCGUUGCCUCUCAGUUGAUGAGCCAAGAGGAGAGAUAUGAUAUUGAUCAUCAUGAAGAGCAAACUGCUGACGCCGGUUUCGACUUGCCGCCGUUGCAAAGUGGGAAGGAACAAGGCAAUAAGUUUGGGAUGAGCAGUGGGUUCUUGACCUCCUCCUCGGAUUGUGAUUUUGGGAUAUGCAUAUUUGAGAAAUGA